GCGUACGGCAGCUGAGGGAGGCCAUACUGCGUCGGGGCGGUGGGGCACACGCGGAGCGUGGCCGGAGCGAGGACCGGGGUCGCUGCCUCCGCCGCCGUCCUUUGCCACCGUCCCUCCCCACCGCCGCCGCUUCUCUGCGCCUUCCCUCCCUCCCUCCCUUCCCCGCCGGGGAGGCGCUUGGGCCGCAAAGAGAGGCUCGUGAGGGGCCGGGCAGGCGGCCGGGCGCACAAAAUGGAGGCGAACGGCAGCGGGAGCAGCAGCGACUCGGCGCCCGAUUGCUGGGACCAGGCGGACCUCGAGCCGAGCAGCGGAAGCGCCGCCGCCGCCCCGGUGGACGAGGAAGCGGCGGCGGCGGCGCCCGGGCCGGCCCAGCUGGAGUCCGAGGAGGAGCAGCUCCUGGGCGCGGCCUUCAGCCGGCACCUCAACGUCAACGCCAAGCCCUUCGUGCCCAACGUCCACGCCGCCGAGUUCGUGCCGGCUUUCCUGAGGGGCGGGCCGGGACAACCUGCGCCGCCGCCGCCCCCUUCGCCGCCGCCGGGCCUGCCGCCGCCGCCGCCCCCGUCGCUGACACACGGGGCAUCGGCAGAAUCAUCACAAGAAGACCUGCCAUCUUGUGAAGGGUCAAACGUUGCCGUUGGUAUGGAAAUCUCCGAACCCGUCGUAGAAAAUGGAGAGACAGAAAUGUCCCCUGAGGAAUCGUGGGAUCACAAAGAAGAAAUCCUUGAAUCCGAAUUAGCCAGUGGCCCUUCCGGUGACGCGGGGCCCAUUGAAGAGGGCACCCAGGAAAUGAUGGAAGAAGAGGAGGAGAUGCCAAAACCCAAAUCAAUGGUGGCUCCCCCUGGUGCUCCCAAGAAGGAACAUGUGAAUGUGGUGUUCAUUGGACACGUAGAUGCUGGAAAAUCAACAAUUGGAGGGCAAAUAAUGUAUUUGACAGGCAUGGUUGAUAAAAGGACGCUUGAAAAAUACGAAAGAGAAGCUAAAGAAAAAAACAGAGAAACCUGGUAUCUCUCUUGGGCCUUAGACACAAACCAGGAAGAGCGGGACAAAGGGAAAACAGUGGAAGUAGGCCGUGCCUAUUUCGAAACGGAAAAGAAACACUUCACAAUUUUAGAUGCUCCGGGGCAUAAGAGCUUUGUUCCAAAUAUGAUAGGCGGUGCUUCUCAAGCGGAUUUAGCGGUAUUGGUAAUCUCUGCAAGGAAAGGGGAAUUUGAAACAGGUUUCGAGAAAGGAGGGCAAACAAGAGAGCAUGCCAUGCUAGCAAAAACAGCGGGUGUAAAACACUUAAUAGUUCUCAUUAACAAAAUGGACGACCCAACUGUGAACUGGAGCAACGAAAGGUAUGAAGAAUGUAAAGAAAAACUGGUGCCAUUCUUGAAGAAAGUGGGGUUUAACCCCAAAAAGGACAUUCACUUCAUGCCCUGCUCGGGACUGACUGGAGCAAAUCUCAAGGAGCCAUCUGACUUCUGUCCUUGGUAUAUUGGGCUACCAUUUAUUCCAUAUCUGGAUAAUUUGCCAAACUUCAACCGAUCAGUUGAUGGACCAAUUAGGCUGCCAAUUGUCGAUAAAUAUAAGGAUAUGGGCACGGUGGUGUUGGGAAAGCUGGAAUCAGGGUCUAUUUGCAAAGGACAGCAGCUCGUGAUGAUGCCAAACAAGCACAAUGUGGAAGUCCUUGGAAUCCUUUCUGACGAUGUAGAGACCGAAUCUGUAGCUCCAGGUGAAAAUCUGAAGAUCCGACUGAAAGGAAUCGAAGAGGAGGAAAUCCUCCCGGGCUUUAUACUCUGUGAUCUUAAUAACCUGUGUCAUUCUGGACGCACAUUUGAUGCUCAGAUAGUGAUCAUUGAACACAAAUCCAUCAUCUGCCCAGGUUACAAUGCGGUGCUGCAUAUUCAUACCUGCAUUGAAGAAGUCGAGAUUACAGCCUUAAUCUGUCUGGUAGACAAGAAAUCAGGAGAGAAAAGCAAAACACGGCCCCGUUUUGUCAAACAAGAUCAAGUAUGCAUUGCCCGUUUACGGACGGCAGGAACGAUCUGCCUCGAGACAUUCAAAGACUUCCCUCAAAUGGGCCGCUUCACCUUAAGAGACGAAGGUAAAACCAUCGCAAUUGGUAAAGUUCUGAAACUGGUUCCAGAGAAGGACUAAGCGUUGUUUUUGACAAGCCUGCACAAAUACUGUAAGGAGGGGGGAGAGAAAUGACUUUGCAGAGCCCUAUUCCACAUUGCCUUCUUUCUUUUCUUCCCCCUGAUAACCUCUGCCCUCCUCUUUUGCAAAGAUGAGAUUUCACAGCAAAGGUCCACAUUAUGUCAGCUUUCUCAUAUUGAGAGCUCUGCUAUGCCACUGUUGAAGUUUUAACCCUGAAAAGUUUCGUUUCUUUUUUCUUUUGGUUUGGUUUGGUUUUUUUUUCCCCUCCUCCUUCUCCUCUUCCCUCUCCCUCCUCCUAAAUUCAGCUCCCACCCACCACCCCCCCGGGAAAGAUUUGGCAAUAGCUUUGUAAAAGUGAUGUGGACAAAAUUGCCUAGAAUUAUGAAAAAAAAAAAAAAAUCUACAGGAUUUCUGUUUAAUUGUCCCCUCCCGUCAGACGGAAGCGUUUUUCAAAGGCAGAUCAUUCAGAUGUGCAUGUGCGCACAUGUUACCAACACAAUUACCAUAUUAAUAAAACUCUCCAAUUUGAAAUCUU